AUGGCUCCUGGUCUUGUCUCCCCCGUCCCAGGCAACCUGUCCUCUUCCUUCUAUGAACGUCCUGGCUCCCGUCAGGUCUCUUCGUUCUCGGCCCAACUCGACAGUGACACAUUCUCUCAAAAUGGCCGUUCCACUCGUCGGGAAUCGGGUCUUAUCCGCAACAUGAGCGGUGCUGGAGGCUCCAACCUGACCAGCUUGGUGCAGACUCUGUACCAGCGUAGUGGUAAUGAGCUUGGUGCUCAUGCUUCAUCCAAGCUGAUGAAUAGCAGCUAUGAAUCCCUCAAGGAGUGGAUCCGCAUUCAGCGUAUGAGCCACCUCCCUCCUGAGGGAAGCAGCUAUGACAAGGUCCUUUCCUGGGCCCUGCUCUUCAUUGAGCGUCUGCACCACUUCGACUCGAACAUUAACAAGUUUGCCGGUGACAGUUACCUCGCCACUCAGCUGUCCUACGGAUACUGCGGGAUGCUGCUUGAGCUCGGCAAGGACAAUGCUGAGGCUCUGAUGACCUCAUUCGGCUUCUUCUACAGCACCUCCUCUACCUUGGUCAACCUUCUUGAGCGCACUGAAUUGUUCGAUGUCUCGCAGGAGAUCAAGGAGCAGCUCAUCCUGGCUCUGGCUGAUCUGGUGUCCCUGGUUUCCAGUGUCUCUACCCACUUCCACCAGGCCAUCAGUGGAUUGACCAAGGCUUCCGUCUCCGUUCACAUUUAUGACACCUUCCCCGGUCAAAUCCUUGCCUUCAAGGACCGCUGCAGCAAGAUCUCCGAGGCCAUGUGGCGCCACCAGCUUAUCCGGGAGAACAUUGGUGCUGAACGCGUCUCAAUCGUCCGGGACGUUCGCGCCUGGCUGGCCCCUGAGGACCGUGUCCUUGCCCACCUGGCUGAGAACACCUCUCAGCUCGCUCAUGAGCGUGAGGAGAUGACCUGCUUGUGGGUUUCUCACUACCUGACUCACUUCCUGAAGAGCCAGAACCGCACCCUUGCCAUCACUGGCAAGCCUGGCUCCGGAAAGACCGUCACUGCUUCCGUGAUUAUUGAUCGUCUUCAGGACCCUAUCGCUGGUGUCUCCUACAAGACUCUCUAUAUUCCCAUCAAUGCGCGAGUUCCGGCUGAGACUACUACAAUUGCUAUCGCCAAGACGAUCCUUUACCAGCUCUUCGAGAAGCGCAUUGGUAACACCGCACUCUUGCAGAUUCUGGGUGAUGCCUAUGAGCGCACCAAGAAGACCACCGAUGAGGCACAAUAUGAUACCAUUCUCUGGAGUGCCUUGGAGCGUGCUCUCGGUGCUGCUUUACAGAACGCUAAGGAACUUGUCAUUGUCGUUGAUGGUGUUGAUGAGGCCGCUAGUGGCGAGGCUUCUUUGGUCCAGAAGCUGAUCACUGCCACUACCAACGGCACCAAUGUUAAGCUUAUCACUCUAGGUGCUGAGAAGCCCAAGGAUGCCGCUGGUUUGAUGCAUGUGCCAAUCACUGAGGAUCGCAUUGCCGAUGAUGUGUCCACCGUGGUUCGUGCCAGCUUCGAGGGUAGCGAAGAAGUCUUCCAGACUCUGCCCGAAAUGGAGCAGGAGAUCAUCAUUGACCAGAUUACUGAGGCUUCUCAGGGCUCUUUCCUCUGGGCCAAGCUCUGCUCCAAGCGUGUUCGCCAGGAGAAGACCCCCGAGGCUCUGCACAAGGCUGUCGAGAGUAUCGUCAGCAGCAAGCUCACUAUCACUGACUUUGUCCUCAAUGCUAUCCAGUCCCCUGAUGUGAAGGAUGAGGGCCGUCAGAUCCUGCUGUGGCUUGCCACUGCGGACCGUCCCUUCACGUUGAAGGAGCUUACCGUCUUGCUGUCUAUUGACGUCACCAAGCAGACUAUCAGUGACCGCACUGUGAAGCCCUUGGACUUCCUGCGUCCUGUGAACAGCCUGGUGUUCGUGCAGGAUGGUCAAGUGUACCUGCGUCAUGGCCUCAUCCGUACCUCUCUUCUGGAAAUCCAGUCCAAGGGCAAACUUGUGCCUACCGUCAAGGACCGCCACGCCGACUUUGUUACUCGUCUCUUCAUCUACAUCAAGAGUGUCCUUCCCGAGCAGCACGAGCCUUCUCUGACUGCCCUUGACGGCCACGACACCACUUCGUUUGUGCAGCGCAACCCUCUUCUCGACUUCGCCGUGCGCUACUGGCCUCGCCACUUGAAGCAGACUACUGUAUACACUACCGGUGGUGAUGUUCCUACUGCUAAGGAGUUCGGCAAGAUCUUCCCCGCAACCAUCACUCUGCUUCUCCUCCAGAACACGCUGUGGCACACUAUCAUCACCCCGACCCUGGUCUCUUACCAGACUACCGUCACCAACCUUUGCCGCAACAUUUUGUCCCCCAAGCAUUUGGUUACUUUGCAGUCCAUCAUCACUCUCGCGUUCUUGCGCCGUGACAUCAACCUGGUGACUGAUUCGAUUCCUCUCUUCUACGAGAUUACCCUCCUGAGCCGCGAUCUACUCCAAACUAAGCACAUCGUUACUAUGAAGAUUGCCAACAUCUUCCUCGAGUUGACUUCGACUCAGACCACCACGUCCCGCACUGACAUCAUGAUAAAGCGCGAGGAGAUCCUUCUGCUUGUUGUUGAGUGCUACAAGAUCCACUACGGCAACUCUUCUGAGCAGGUUGUGACCACUCUUAAGGCUUUGAUCGAGCACUACCGCUUGACCAAGGAAGAGAAGAAGAUUCAGGAGAUUACCACCAUUAUUAACACCAUCACCACUGGUUACGAGGCUGGCGAUGGCUCCCGUGGUGAUCUCCACGUUCACCUGAAGGGCCACAAGCGUCAGGAGAGCGAGGGUGGCAUUCGCUUCAUCCUAGAUGCCGAGGAGGAUGAGUCGAUUGACGAGAGCUUCGAUUACGAGGCCCUCAUUAAGCAGGCCGAGAAGUACCGUGCCGAAGGCAAGGUUGCCGAGGCUGAGCGUAUCUACGUUGAGAUCUGGCAGCGUGCCAACCGGGAAUGCCGUGUCCAGACCACUUCUUUCUGGGAGGAGAUCAAGCUGAAAGCUGUUGUUGCCUAUUCCAAGUUCCUCAAGCAGGAGAAGCGCGAAUCCGAGGCCUCUUCUAUCUUGUCCAGUGUCUGGGAAGAGCACCGUCAUACCAGCCUGGCUUUGUCCGAGAAGUCUUCCCACCACUUCCAGGAGAUCGCCACUGUUAUGGCUACCGUCGGCCUCUCAGCCGCUGCUCUGUCCAUCUACAAGCAGGUUGCCCACUACUACCAAAGCACCUCCAAGUCUUCCCACUAUGAGGAGAUCCAGAAGAGCAUCUCUAGCACCUCUGAGAGUGUCAUGAAGUCUAGCAAGUCUUCUCACUCUAGCGUUUCGGAGUCCACCAUGGAAGAGAUCAUCUACGAGUCUUUCUCCUCUCACAAGCACGACGAGAGCUCCUUCACUGCUACCUACACUUUGGUCGAGCAGUUCACCUCCCAGCACCGCUGGAAAGAUGCUACUCGUGUGAUCAAGAAGGUUCUUCAGGGACUGUGGCCUACUCUAUUUGCUCCCUCCAUCGAGGAUGUCGUUCUCCCCAGUCAGAACGCCGACAAGGCUAUCGAGCUUGCUGAGCGCCUUGCCCAGUGCUACCACUACCGUCGUCGCUUCCCUCGCGAGGAGAACAUCCGCAUUCGUGUCUACCGCGCAGUCCGUGCCGGACGUCCCGUGGAUGACAAGGUGCGCGAGCGUGUGACUGAGGCUUUGAUUCGCUUCUUCGAGCGUAACUCUCAGCCUGAUAACGUUAUCACUACCCGCCAGGAGAACCUGGACGACUUCAUCAAGCACUACGGCCGUGACCAUCCAGUUGUCAUCAAGACUCUGUGGACCUUGGCUGAAUUGACUCGCCCCCGUCCUAUCUUUAUCGAGUACUACCAGCGUAUUAUCCGGACCCUGAAUAAGGAUGCGCCCACUUGCAAGCCUGAGGCUCUCGAGCCCCUCGUUCUCGUUGCCACUGAGCUUUGGACUCAGAGCCGGUACUCGGAUGCCGUGCCCUACUUCACCCUGUUGUUCACCACUUUCUUGAGCCAGCCCAAGCAGCCCCGCUUCGAGAACCCCUCCUUCGUUCAGGAGAUCUUCACCCGGUACACUCACUGCCUGCGCUCCGUCCGCACUGAUUAUGCUGUGAUCCAUAAGGUCACCGUUGACUACCAGGCCAAGGUCAAGACUGUUUUCACUGCCACUGCUUCCAUCACCAUUCAGGCUACCCUCACCCUUGCCAAGGUUUGCCAGGAGUCUAAGCGCUAUGAGUCUGAUGCCAUCACCCUCUAUGAGGAGCUGCUCAAGAUUGGCUCCAAGGAGAUUGAUCUCGACGAGGUCUCUGCCACUCUGGAUGGUAUUUACGAGGAGCAGACUGCUAUUGCCACCCACUCCUCUUCUGCCUCCAAACAGCAGAUUGAGACUGCCUCCAAGAUCCUGCGCAAGCGUGUUACUACCAUCCGUGAGACCCAGGGCUGGGCCCACGAGGAGUCCAUUUCCAAGAUGAAGGAGAUCGUUGCCUUCAACUACAAGCACAGCUCUUCCGAGUCUGUGCACCAGGAGCUGAAGGAGUCGACCAUCAACAUCCUGAAGGAGGCCACCUCAUCCGCCCUCUUGGUCUCCGCCGCAGUUGCCAUUGCCAGCAGCUACAUUGAGACCAAUUCGGUCCACAAGGCCACCGAGAUGUCUGAGGAGCUUUACCGCCAGAUCGUCAUGAAGGACACUUCCAACGUCAAGACCUCUCAGUUUGACCUGACCUCCAAGGGUCGCUCUAGCCUGGUCUUCUUGGCUGAGCUCGAGCACAGCCUCCACAAGCAGACCACUAGCAUUACUGAGAUUCUCGCGUCUCUGACCACCGAGUACGUCUACUUCGAGGAGUUCCGCAGCAUCACCUCCAGCAAGACCGCUUCCUUCCAUAGCGUCACCUUGUCGGCUACCCGCCUCUACCACUUCCUGCUCCGUGCCAACCGUCAAGCCGCUGCCGUCCGCGUCUUCGACGAGUUUGUUGCCUACUUCCAGGCUACUGAGGGCAAGCGUACCAAGCUGUCUGACAAGGCCCAGGUCAAGAUUUUCGUUACUGUCAUCUUAGCUCACUUCAACACUCACCAGUCCUCGAACUUCAUCCGCUCUGUUGGUAUUGCCAGCAACCUGCAAGUCAUCAAAUUGCUUGAGGCCAAGAAGUACGAUGAUGCCUCUAACCUGGCUCUCGCUGCCUUCCAGUACAUCUCCGCUCAUGAUGUCUUCCGCACUGCUGAGAUUGUCAAGUUCGUUUUCACUCUUGGUGUCUUCAUCACUGGCCGCACUGUCGCUCCCCAGCCCGACGCUGCUGUCCAGAAGAAGCUGCACGGUGUCUCUGCUGUUAUCAUCCAGGAGGUGCUCCGUGUCAUCAGCGACCUGAACAUCAACCUAUCCCAGAUUAGCUUGGACUACCUGAACAUCCUGAUCGGCCUCCUCGGGGAGCAGCAGGACUACAAGACCCUUGUCUGGCUUCUCAGCGGUCUCUGGACCAGCCGCAACAAGCAGGCCGCCUGGCCCGCCCAGGUCAUUCUCAGUCUUGCCCGCCGCUACAUCCUCGCUCGUUACCUGGUUGGCGACUCUCUCAAGGCUGUCCGUCUUGCCGAGGACAUUGUAUACAACUGCCGCCGCGUCAAUGGUCCCCGCCACUCCAGCACCUUGGAGAUGUCAACCCUGCUGACCCAGCUGUACACCGGUAUCGGCCAGCGCUAUCAGAGCACCAAGGGUGGCCAGAGCAUGAGCUACAAGUACUACAAGAAGGCCGCCGGUGUCCACGAGAACCUCCUCCGCAUCUUCGUCGACCCUGCUCUCGCCGAGAUGGAGGGUGGCCUCGACUGCAGCUUCAGCAUGGAUGGUUCCGCUUAUGAGCUGAACAUCGAGGAGCCUACCAACGGCUCUGCCCUCUCUGAGGGUGAGCACGUCCGCCAGCACUUCCACCUGCUUAAGCUCGCUGUCCAGCGUCUUGGUGACUGGCCCAAGGAUUACUCCGAGUACGAGCGUCUGAACGCUGAGCUCUUUGCUGAGUUCAAGUCUGACCUUGAGGGCUUCGAGGGUGUUGAGAAGUGGAACCUGAAGGGCUUCGGCUCUGGCAAGGCUUCUGCCAACGAGGACACUCUUGCCCUUGAGACUAUCUCUUGGGAGAUCGACCUCUCCGCCACUUCUACCGAGUCGGAGUACUAG